AUGUCGAGUUUUCAUGGGAUAAUAGGAGAGAAAAACUUGGGGUUUUGCUCUGUAACUGCCGUGUCGCGCUGUACGCCCAAAGCGUUCAGCACGGGAGCGUGGCGGCGAGGCAGUGGUAUCUCUAGACGGCCUCCCGGGAGGUUUUCAGCAGUCGCGACCCUAACAGUUAGCGAAGAGGUCGCGGACGAAGUUAGGUGCCCAAGGCUCUGGCGUAACUCGAGUUGUGUGUACCCGGCACCGCGCACGUUCGGGACGGCCUUUUAUUAUGUAGAAACACGACGGUUUGAGGCAGCACGGCAGCUGUUCGAAGAGCUCGUUUGGCAACACCCUUUCGAUGCUCGCAUAUGGGUUGGUUUCGGUCAGUGUGAAGCUGAGGCGGCGCUAGCAGAGCCAACAAUAUACACGGACGACGAGAAGAACGGACUUGUUGGCGGAGAUAUCAUGCGACGCGACGGAACCGCAGAGCUGGAACUCUCUGCGGUAGACGACCUGACUUGGGCGUCAAGCGUGUUCCAUCGUCUGCACGGCGUAGCGCGGGCUCGGGCGGUGUUUCGACGGGGCCUGAUUCGUGCGGGCGGUGUAUGGAAUGAAUCCACCGUCGACGAGAACGGUACGGUGCCGGUGCAUACGUUCGCAGACUAUAUCGGAACCGAAUUUGUUCCCGAUAUUGAAGGCUGGAACGAGAAGGACGCAGAGGCUGGACGAUGGUGCUCUGCUAGCAAGCUUUACCAUGCCUGGGCGCUUGCUGAAGUGCGUUUCCUCGAGCAACAGGAGCUUCGACGCAGUAUGUCAUCCGUGAGCAAAAAACUCGUACCGCUCCACAAAAACGAGAAGCGUCCAGAGACCGAUUCGAGCCGUCGGCCCAGCAAUUGUGCCGGAGCAAGGCUCGUCCGUCGACUAUUCGAGCUGAGCGCCCGUGCAGUGAACGGGCGGGAUCCGAUUACAUGGCAAGCUUGGGUGCGCUUCGAAGCGAGUCUGGGCUUGGGCGUGACGCGCGCCCGAGAGCUUUUCAAACUGGGUGUUGCUUCUGUAGAGCAAAUCAAUCCCACGUGCAAGGAGCUUGCCUGCCUUUACCAAACCUGGGGUGUCCUCGAGCAACGCGAGCAUCGCUACGAUGAAGCAAUUUGCUGCUAUGAAAGAGCAGUUGCCUUGAAUCCAAAUCAUGCCCGAACGUUGCACGCAUGGGGUAUGCUCGAACAGCAGCGCGGACGCAUUGACGAGGCACGCGUGCUCUUCGAACGAGCAAUUGAAGUGUCGAAUGGGUCCCCGCAUACCGCCCCAGCAGCGUACAACUUGCUCGGGAAACUGGAAUGGCGCCAAGGUAGACUGGACAAAGCGCGGAUGCUCUUUCAGAAGGGUCUGGAAAUUGCGCCCGGUGAUCGUCAUCUCUGUCACGCGAUGGCCUCGCUUGAACGCCACUGCGGCAACUACGAACUGGCUCGCGAGUAUUUUGCCCGGUGCACGAAGCUCGAUGAGCUCGUCGUCCGCGACUGGGCGGAAAUGGAAACGCGGGAUGUUGGCUUUGCGGAUAUCCAGCUCGGCGAAGCCUCGCGCCUCGGAGAGGCGAUCGAAGCCCUCUCUAUGUUGCACCUGUUCACACGCACGGACGAGGAUAUAAGCACGUGUUCCUGUGACGAAAAGAGCGUGAAACCGGGGAACGAGUCGCUGGGGCAACAACCUCAGGACCCGCCGGCGUUUCAGCGGCCAGGUUCAAUGCAAUGCGGGACUCUGAAAUCGCGGGAGGCAGCGAACGAACCAUAUAGACGACUUUUGAGCUGGUUCUAUGAGCGACUGAAGCACGAUCAGACCUUGCUGAAUACUCUGGCAAAGAACAAUGCUGUUCGGGCGGAUCAACUCCGUCUGUGGAUUACACGCCGCGGAGAGGACGACAUUACGGCUUUUCGCGCUUGGGCGCGCUCCAUGGCCCAGUCACAGCCUAAGCUGCUGCGGAUGCUGUUCCGAGUGCCUGGCCCCAUGAACGCAUUCGGCUUCAAAAUAGCUUCAAACGAGCGGAAGGGUCCGGGCCGAUCGCAUCUGCGGAGUGGCAAGUGA